AGCAUUGGUUGAUUCUGAAAUAUGUAUGAUUUCCGGUUGAAGGGUCGCUUUCGUUAAGGCUUCCCAAAUUCGUUUCCGUGAUUGUUUUGUCUGAUGAGCUACAGGCCAUGGACGCAGUUAUAACUGGUUAACAUCUAAUCGCACCAUUAAAGCAGAAGUUAGAAACGUGUGAGAGAAAAUCUAGGGCUGAACCUGUUUCCAAAUCUGGUUCAGGCUUGUUGGCCGGUUAAUGCAUAGAGUUAAGAGGGUGAAACUUGAAGACGAAACAGAAGGUAGUUGGAAAAGUUAUUCAGCUUUCAGAAUGACUGCUGUAGAUGAGCUCUCGGACAGCUCGGAGGUAGUGGAGAUGGAGGACUUGCCCUCCCAGUUCUUUGUGGAGAAGCACUCGUGGGACGGCCUGCGGAACAUCAUCCAUAGUAGCCGCAAGUACACGGGCAUGGUCAUCAACAAGGCCCCGCACGACUUCCAGUUUGUCCAGAGGCAGGACGAGUCAGGCCCAUACUCCCAUCGACUCUACUACCUUGGAAUGCCCUAUGGAAGUAGGGAAAACUCAUUACUUUACUCAGAGAUUCCCAAGAAGAUUCGGAAAGAGGCCCUUCUGGUGUUGUCGUGGAAACAGAUGCUAGAUCACUUUCAGGCCACCCCUCAUCAUGGGGUGUACUCCCGGGAGGAGGAGCUGCUGAGGGAGAGAAAGCGUCUGGGGGUCUUUGGGAUCACAUCGUAUGAUUAUCACGCCGAGAUCGGCCUUUUCCUGUUCCAGGCCAGCAACAGCCUGUUCUACUGUCGGGACGGAGGCCAUAAUGGCUUCAUUCAGGCGUCCCCCAUGAAGCCUGUAGAGAUUAAGACCCAAUGCUCCGGCACUCGAAUGGACCCCAAGAUCUCCCCAGGCGACCCCACCUUCAUGGCCUUCAUCAAUAGCAACGACCUGUGGGUGGCCAGCAUCGAGACUGGGGAGGAGAGGAGACUCACCUACUGCCAUAAAGGGAUGAAUAAUGUGAAGGAGGACCCCAAGUCUGCAGGCAUUGCCACCUUUGUAAUCCAGGAGGAGUUUGACCGCUUCACGGGCUACUGGUGGUCGCCAGCUGCUCCUGAAGACCCAGAUGGGGGGAAGACCCUCCAGUUACUGUAUGAGGAGGUGGAUGAGUCAGAGGUGGAGUUAAUUCACGUUCCCUCCCCAGCCCUGGAGGAGCGCAAGGCUGAUGUUUACAGAUACCCCCGCACAGGGAGUAAGAAUCCUCAAAUUACUUUCAAACUGGUAGAAAUCAGAACCGACCACCUUGGCAGAAUUGUAAGCACUCAGGACAAGGAGUUGGUCCUGCCUUUUACCACCCUGUUCCCUGGGGUUGAGUACAUCGCCCGUGCCGGCUGGACAAAAGACGGCAAAUAUGCAUGGGCGGUACUGCUGGACAGGAGCCAACAGAGGCUCCAGUUGGUCCUGCUGCCCCCGGCCCUGUUCAUCCCUGUAACCCAGGACCAGGCCCAACGGGAGGAGAGUGUGGAGGCUGUGCCAGAGGGGGUUCACCCCUUCAUCAUCUACGAGGAGAUCACCGACAUCUGGAUCAACGUCCAUGACAUAUUUUAUCCUUUCAUUCAAACAAAUGAUGAUGAGAUCACCUUCCUCUGGGCAAACGAGUCCAAAACUGGCUUCUGCCAUUUGUACAAAGUCACCACGCUGUUACAACAGGGCUGCUACCAGUGGACCAGAGACUACAUGCAGACAGAGGAGGACUUUAAGUGCCCGAUCAAGGAAGAGGUGACGUUAACCAGUGGAGAGUGGGAGGUGUUGGCCAGACAUGGCUCCAAGAUCUGGGUGAACGAGGCUACCCAGCUGGUGUACUUCCAAGGCACGCGGGACACGCCCCUGGAGCAUCACCUAUACACUGUGAGCUACGACUCCCCGGGGGAUAUGGUCAGGCUGACCAAGCCAGGCUUCUCCCACAGCUGCUCUGUAAGCCAGAAUUUUGACAUGUUUGUCAGCCAUUACAGUAAUGUCAGCACACCUCCCUGCGUCCACAUCUACAAGCUGAUGGGCCCAGAGAGUGAUCCACUGCACAAAGAGCCUGAGUUCUGGGCUAGCAUGAUGGAGGCCACAGGGCGCCCAGGAGAUUACAUCCCACCAGAGAUCUUUACUUUCCCAGGGAAUUCAGGGUUCCACCUCUACGGCAUGUUGUACAAACCACACAACUUGGUACCUGGCAGGAAGCACCCUACAAUCCUCUUUGUGUAUGGAGGCCCGCAGGUGCAGUUAGUAAAUAACACAUACAAAGGAGUGAAGUACCUGAGACUGAAUACGCUAGCGUCACUAGGCUACGCCGUCGUGGUCAUUGACGGGAGAGGCUCCUGUCAGAGAGGCCUCAAGUUCGAGGGGGCUCUAAAAAACAAAAUGGGCCAGGUGGAGAUCGAGGACCAGGUGGAGGGGCUGCAGUACGUGGCUGAAAACUAUACUUUUGUGGACCUGAGUCGCGUGGCCAUCCACGGCUGGUCUUAUGGCGGCUUCCUCUCCCUCAUGGGCCUCGUCCACAGGCCCAACGUCUUCAAGAUGGCCAUAGCGGGUGCCCCUGUGACGGUGUGGAUGGCCUAUGACACCGGUUACACGGAGCGCUACAUGGACCUACCUGAGAACAACCAGCAGGGAUACGAAGCCGGUUCUGUCGCCUUGCACGUAGACAAGCUGCCCAGCGAGCCUAACCGGUUACUUAUAUUACAUGGAUUCCUUGACGAGAAUGUGCACUUUUUCCACACCAACUUCCUGGUGUCUCAACUGAUCCGUGCGGGGAAACCGUAUCAGCUACAGAUCUACCCCAAUGAGAGACACAGCAUCCGCUGCCCAGAGUCUGGAGAGCACUAUGAGAUUAUGCUGCUGCACUUCCUCCAGCAGUACCUCUGAGGGCUGCAGUUGAAUGAACAGAACCACUGCCCAAUGUUACCAUGCCCCUUCACAUAUACCACAGGAGGCUGGUGAGUGGAGGACUGGUCAUAAUAGCUGGAAUGGAGUGAAUGGAUUGGUAUCGAACAUGUCUGAUGUAUUUUAAACCAUUCCAUUUAUUCCAUUCCAUCCAUUACAAUGAGCUGGUCCUCCCCAAUUAAGGUGCCACCUGUGAUAAACACACUGUGCCCCAUCUGCGAUUUGCAUCCUAAAAACCAAGAUUUUUUAUAACAGCCUGGAGAAGCCCUCCCAUGCUACCAACCCCUUCCCAUGCCGAGAGCAGAGGGUCGUCACCUGUCAGUUUUUAACUGGACAAUGACUGCAAAGAAGGAGAGAAGUAGAAAAUAUAGAGCAAACAUGAGCAUUUUGAGAAAAAGAGCUCGUUAGCAUCAUGGAGUGAUUUUCUGUUUUUAUUUGGGAUAUUUGUGCCACACCCUGUUAGCAAGGGGGAUCAGUAUGAAAGUAUAUGGACUACUUUUGAUCGCUCUGGAUAAGAGCAUCUGAAAAUGACUCAAAUGUAAAUGAUUUUUUUGUUCAUACUUUGGACUGUGCUGUUGUAAAUCAUGGUGGAUUACAGUGUUGUGUGGUGAGCCAAAUGGUGUGGCCGCUGAGGACGGAAACCACACACUACCUGCAACUGGUAUUUUAAGUGUGUAUUAAAAUAAAAAAAGUAUUUUUAGGAA